AUGGAGAACGACUGGCCCAAGGAGGCAGACUCGGCGUCCUCGAACGAACCGACAGCGCAGGAGGCUGCGUACGUGCCAGAAGCAGACGAGGAGACGCUGGAUCGCAUCUACCGCAAGCUGGACCUGCGUAUCAUUCCGCCGCUAUGGACGCUCUACUUUCUCUGCUCUGCCAUCCGGUCCAACGUCGGGCUGGCGCAGACGAUGAAUCUCAAGCAGCACCAUGACCUUGCCUCGGUGCUGCAUCUGACUCCGCGACAGAUCUCGACGAGUUUGGCGCUCUUCUACGUGUGUUAUAUCAUAUUCGACCUGCCUUCGAACCUGGUCAUGACCAGGCUAAGUCCGCAUAUCUGGAUGAGUCGCAUAGUCAUCAGCGUCGGUGUCAUCGGUGCAUUGAUGGCUGCUGUCAAAGCCGCGUGGUCGUUAUACCUUCUUCGCCUUCUUCUCGGCAUCGUUAUAGCAGGCAUGUGGCCCGGCAUGGCAUAUUACCUAUCACUCUUCUACCCGCCCGCACGCACCGGCCAGCGUAUAGGAUUCUACUUCACUGCCGCCCAAGUCUCCGCUGCAGUCGUCGGGCUUGUCUCCGCUGGUUUCCAGCAGAUGGACGGCCUAGGAAACCUCGUAGGCUUCCAAUGGAUGUUCCUCAUCUAUGGCCUCGUCGGGACAUUGAUGGGCAUAACGCUUCUCUGGUGGCUGCCCGACCGACCUGUCCCACCAGGUCAAUCGCACCCGCCUCGCUCAGCAUGGCUACGCUGGCUACCAAGCACCAAACCAGCACUAUCCGGCACCGACGAAGAGCUGCAUUACGCCGACGUACAGCGCGUCUAUAAGAAGGUACAAUGGGGCUGGACCGAUGUUCUUCGCAUACUAUGCGACUGGCGCCUCUGGCCCGUGACGAUAAUGUACUUUGGCGUCGUCGGCGUUGGCAUCGGAGUCCAAAGCUACGGCACAGUAAUUAUUCGCGCAGCUCUACCUUCUUUAUCCGGCGUACAGCUGUCACUACUCUUCGCGCCGAUCUGGAUAAUGGAUCUGAUAGCCAUCUUAAUCCUGACCCCGAUAUCAGAUGCGUUUCACCACCAUAGGCCUGCCAUCUUUAUCUUUUCAUGUCUGAUUCUGUUGACUGGUCUGCUACUUACGACCUUCACGCAUACCUGGACUGCGUAUGGAGGGUUGUUGGUGGUAGGCUUUGGUCUUGGCCCGACGGUCCCCAUCACCAUGUCGUUGACUGCUGAGCUAUUUGGGGCAAGGUACGGUGAUGUAGGCGUUGCUGCGUCGACGGCUAUAGUGAGCGGGCUGGGUAAUUUGGGGAGUAUCGUGAGUACGUAUGCGUUGUAUGCGGGCUGGGAAGGGGAUGUGAAGAGGGGGUACAGGGGUAGUAACGGGGUGAUGUGCGGUAUGGUUGGUGGGAGCAUAGUUGCAGCCAUCUGUGUUGCCGUGAUGGUAUGGGGGAAGCAGAAGGAGGAGCAGCGUGGUUGGAGGGGAGUUUGGUGGGCUAAAUGGUUGAUGAAGUAA